GUCCACGAAGGAAUAAGCAUUGCUGCGGGAGAAGUAGUUAGCGGCUGAGAUGAACAGAAAAGAGAUCAUCGCAGUGAAGAUGGCGAGAGGUAUGCCGGGACUAAGGAGAGCGGUACUAGAAUGUAUAAAAAAGUUACCCGUCACAGCCAGCCGAGAAACACCUAAACGGAUUGGCGUAAGAUAUCUCUCCUCAUGUGGGAUCCUGAUGAUGAGGGUGCCACCCCUCCUGGGGGCCAUGCCCAGGUCCAGAGUCAUUGUGGCCCCCACCCGCUCCUUCUUCAACCUGGCUGACACCUUCAACAAGAGGAAGGAGUACUCUGAGAGACGUGUCAUGGGGUACUCUAUGUUGGAGAUGUAUGAAGUGGUAGCUGGGGUGGAGAACUACCUUCACUUUGUUCCCUGGUGUAAGAAGUCUGACGUAGUGUUCCGGCGCUCAGGGUUCUGUAAGGCCAAGCUGACAGUUGGCUUCCCCCCGGUAGUGGAAAACUACACCUCGCUGGUCACCACAGUGCGCCCCCACCUGGUCAAGGCAGCCUGUUCAGACGGUAAGCUCUUCAACCACCUGGAGACGGUGUGGCGCUUCAGCCCUGGCCUCCCUGGCUACCCUCGCACCUGCACGGUUGACUUCUCUAUCUCCUUUGAGUUCCGCUCCCUGCUGCAUUCCCAGCUGGCCACGGUUUUCUUUGACGAAGUGGUGAAGCAGAACGUGUCGGCGUUUGAGAGGCGGGCCGGGAAACUUUACGGAGCACAGACCAUGAUCCCCAGAGAGCUCAUGUUUCAUGAGGUGCACCACACGUAGCGUGCCCCAACGGGUCAUCCUCUCUCUGCGCGCGCACACACAUACAUAGUCAGCCAUGGCAGGGAGAAAGAGAAGGAGUGAAGGGAGGGGGGAAGAGGUUAAAUGCCUGAACACUGCAGUGCCUUAUCAGAAAACAACCAAUGAUUUUAUACCCAUUAACUGCUUGUGGCUGGAUUCUGUCCCCCUCCUUACCCCCCAAAAAUACCCCUCUCCCCAGACUUACAUCACUCUUCCUUCCCCCUAUACCACCAUAGACCCCUACAGGUGCCCCCUCACACCAAAGAAACCAUCAGCACCUUUGGCCAUACCUCAGAGCUUAGUGCUGUCCCCAUGCGGUGAGCACAGGGCUCAUAAUCGCCCUCUUGUGGAGAUAUAAAAACUCUUCUACUAAGGCCUAAAUAAAGUCAGUUUAUAGUGAAAGGCUGUGUGUAAGAUACUAUGGUAGCGAGAUCAGGGGAAAGGGACUGGGGUUCUUAUGUCCUGAUCAGGCCAAAAGUUUGUGAAGGCCCAUCCAAGAUAUUACGUUAUUGUAACAAACCUAACAUACAUUAUAAACUGGGUGGUUCGAGCCCUGUAUGCUGUUCUGGCAGUGGUAUGACAAAAACAUUGUAUUUUUUACUGCUCUAGUUACCCUGGUAACCAGUUUAUAAUUGCAUUUAGGCACCUCUGGUGUCUGUGGAAUAUGGCCAAUAUUUCACAGCUAAGGGCUGUAUCCAGGCACUCCGCGUUGCGUCGUCCAUAAGAACAGCCUUUAAACGUGGCAUAUUGGCCAUAUACCACACCUCCUCUGGCUUUAUUGCUUAAGUACCCUAAUGCUAUGUUGUCAUGUGGAUAAGAUGGAGGCUGGGGUUUCAAAGGAUCGGCUUGUACAUUUUUGAAUGAAGUGUGAGCACUUGAAGAUCGAAGUUUCCUAAAGGAAUGUCGCAACACUGCCGAGCAGAUGUAUACACACUGCUGUGCCUACCUACACAUACCUGUUCAAGAGGUGCUGUGUUGCAACAAUGUUACCGGGGACAUUUCUGCUACACCCCAUAUAGCACCUUGUUAUCUAAUGACCAUGGGAGGCAUGUUGUUCAGUUAUGGCACUUGUGCUUUUUUUUAAAGUGUGCAAUAUGUGUUUUAGUUUUCUAAAUGCAGCUACUUUUCCCCUAGAGAUAUCCACUGUUUAAAAGGGCCCAGACUGGCUAGGCAGGGUACAGGGUCAUCCAAACUGUCUGUGUCAAAUGGCACCCUAUGUCCUGUACAAUAUACCCGUAGGGCUCUGGUCAAAAGUAGUUUACUAUAUGCACUACGUUUGACCAAAAGUAGUGCACUAUAAAGGGAAUAAGUUAACAUGUUGGUUGCUUGUCUGCCAGUCAGAAUACUGUCACAGUGAGGUAUCUUACCAUAGAACCUUUUAAAGAUGUCACUUAUGUACACCCAGUGACCUUUGACCUGAUCCUAGUGGAAUCAUAUUUAUAUUUUGUAACCUUACGCAUUCUCCUCCUAUAAAGAUAUUUAUUUAGAUAAGAACACGUGUACAUAUUGUUUUAAGACGAGAUGAGUGCACUGAACUAUAAUUGUUAGGUUUUGGGGAUUGGGUUUUCUAGUGCAAAUCGAGGUGUUUCAAUGAGCGAAGAUGUAUAAACUAUUUUUAUAUUAAAAAAGUGUUUUUUGUG